UUUAGUUUCUCUUCCUGUUGAUGUCAGGUGUGUAAGAGGAGAGAUCAAAGAUCACAUUUUCUGAAUCUCACUGAGACACACACCGGACGGGAGGACAAGAAAGAAGAAAGAAGAUGACCGUUCAAAAACUCAAAGUUAGGAUCUUCUCAAGGGAUGCAAAAGAGAAUUACAAUUGGCUGCUUAAUGUGCUCAAGUCAGCCAUGUUUGAAAGCUUGGUGGGAAAUGCUGUUGGCACAUACAUCACCAAUAACUUCCGAUCCUUCACGGAUGAUUUGACUCAGUGCACAUUCGCCAUCUUGUAUCACACCAAGAAGAGAGGCCGCCUGAACAUUACCGACGUCACAGAUUCUCUCUAUGAUGAAGAGUUGAGGGACCUGGAAGAUCACCUGGGAAAAAAUGUGAUUGUGCUGUUGGAUGAUCUGGAUGACAGCAGUGAUGGUAACAUGAGGAGAAUAUUACAAGAACAGCCACUCAUUAAGGAAUGUGCAGAGACGCUGAUCCUCAUCAGUGAGUUAGAGAAGCAAGCGGCCAAUCUGACCGGUUCAGAUCCGAAAAUGAGUCCAGCUCCCACUUCACAGACAAUGCAGGAUGCUUACGACUCCAUAAAGACCAAAAUCAAAAGGAUAUGGAGCGUCAUGGAUGAAGCUGCUGGUGUCGGUCCAGUCCCCAGACCACGGAAAGUCUCCUCCUCUGGUUCGGAUACACAAAGUGAAGGAUAUAAAAGUUCAAGAACCACCAAGUCGGGCUACGGGCAACAAGGCUUAGAUUUAGAUGAUGUUAGAUCUUCCAGUGCCUACAGCUCAGAACGUAGCAAUCGGCCUUUAAUUAACACGCGUUUGGACCAACGUGAUGGCAUUCCAGCAAUCGGUGAAGAGACUCGCAUCCCCUUUCCUGAAGACGAUGACCAGAUGCCCGAUAAAAAACAGAAGACGCCGAGCCGCAGGCAAUCGUUUUCCUGGUGCAAAAAUAUUAGUGACAAGAUGGUGUUUUUCAUAAUCGGUGGAGUUGUUGGCCUUUUAUUGAUUAUUCUGAUUAUUAUCCUGUGUGUUACUUUAUAGUAGAAUAAAUCACCAUUGGUCUGUG